AUGAGCUCACCACCAUUAUCACCAAUGUCGCCCUUGUCGCCCAGCCUAGGCGGCAUACCCGUCAAGUGGAGGAAGAUGUCCGAGACAGGAACGGGCGCCUUUCGGAACCGAAUCCCCACGCAACUUCGGCGGUCUUUACCUCUCUACGCCGUCGUCGUCGUGUUGUUCUUCAUCAUGUUCAACGCCCACGUCUUUACAUUAUCCUCUUCCACCUCGAGCAUAACGAACCACCAAAUAACACAAAAGGCGUUGCAGAGUGACGAAUAUGGCUUCCCCAAGAAAAUCUGGCAAUCCUGGAAAGUCGACCCCUACAACAUGGCCACGCGCGACCUCGACACGGCCAAAACCUGGACUACAAAGAACCCCGGCUACCGGUACGAAGUCCUGACGGACUACAACGACAUGGUCUACGUGGAAUCGCAAUACGGCCCUUCCUCAUCCAUCAACCGACCCGACAUCAUCGAUUUUUAUAAGAGUGUGAACAUCUCCAUCAUCAAGGCCGACCUCUUGCGGUACCUAAUCAUGUACGCCGAAGGCGGCGUGUAUGCGGACAUUGACGUCGAGGACCUGCGGCCCAUCAAGCGUUUCGUUCCCGAACGCUACUGGGACUCGCUUUCCGAAAUCGACAUGGUAGUCGGCAUCGAGAUUGACCAGCCCGAGUUUAAGGACCACCCUAUCCUUGGGUCCAAAUGCAUGUCUUUUUGUCAGUGGACGUUUAUGUGCAAGCCCCGCUUGCCGGUCAUGUUGAACCUAGUCGAAAACAUAAUGGCCUGGCUGAACGGUCUUGCUUCCCAGCAGAAGGUGCACCUGUCAGAGUUACAGCUGGAUUUCGACGAAGUCAUCUCCGGCACUGGCCCUUCAGCGUUCACCAUCGCGCUGCUCAAGGAGAUGAAUCGCAUCAAGCCGCCCUCCAUGGCCAGCAAGGAAAUAACAUGGGAUAACUUCCACGCCAUGGACGAGUCCAAGGUCGUUUCCCGCGUGCUGGUUCUGGACGUGGAAGCGUUCGCUGCUGGCCAAGGGCAUUCCGAUUCCGGAAACCAUAAUGCUCGCGGCGCUUUGGUGAAGCAUCAUUACCACGCUAGUAACUGGCCUAGCAAACACCCGCGCUAUGCGCACCCGGUGUAUGGCGAGGUCGAGAGAUGUAACUGGGACUUGGCCUGUGUAGAGAAGUGGGAUAAAGAUGUGGAAGCUUACAAGUCGCUGUCUAUUGAGGAGCAGAAUAAGCUGAAAGAGUGGAGACGUCUCGAGCUGGAACGGGAGAGGGAAAGGCAAUUGAAGGAGCAAGAGCAGGCUAUCAAGCUUGAACAACUUGGGGAAGCGGUACGGAAGGCGGAGGAAGAGCAGAAGAGAAGGGAUGAGCUUGAGAGGGAGAUGAGGGAACGGAUGAGAGUUGAAGAUCAAGCUUUGAAACCGUUGCAUCCGGAGGAACAUGGCGCUGAGGAGAAGAAGCAAGAGGGGGAAGGAUUGAUUAUGUUUGGCGGGAGGCCGGUGCCGGGGCAGACGCUGCCAAAGGGUGAGAAGGAAACGGAGGGUGAUGAUGGGAAUAGUGAUGGCAAGAAGCAGGAGGUGAAGAAGGAGGAGGGACAGGAGGGACAAGGGAAGAAUGGAAAACAGCCGGUGUUUGGACAGCCGGCGCCGGAGAAGGGACCGUUUGGUGGGUUGUGA